UCAGGGUUUCCCAUGAACCGUACACCGAUACGAAGGUGCAAAUCUGCAGAAAUAGAGGAAGAUCCGUUUUCGCCUAUUCCAAAAUUUUGUAGGUUUUUUGUAUGGAAAGGCAACGUGGAUUUCAAGAAGAAACCAAAACAUUUUGGAAAGUUUGAAAAAAAAACCCAGAAAAUUGAAAAAGUUCAGAAUAUUUUAGAACCUCUGAAAACAGCGAAAAAAUCCGUAAAAUUUGAGAAAAUUUCAAAAAUAAAAUGAGAUGUUUAAUAAAUUCAGAAAAAUUCAAAAAAAAAUUCCGGAAAAAUUUCAGCAAUUUUUGGAAACUCAGGAAACAACGAAAAAUCCGGGAAAAUUGAAAACAAUUUUUAGAAAUUAAAAAAAAAUUGGUAAACUCAAAAAAUUCCGAAUAAAUUCAAAUAACUGAAAAAAAACUUCAGAAAAUUCAAAAAAAAAUUCCGGAAAAAUUUCAGAAAUUUUUGUAAACCCGGAAACAGCGAAAAAUCCGGAAAAUUAAAAAAAUUAACUCAAAAAUUCCGAACAAAUUCAGAAAACUGAAAAAAAAAACACUUCUGAAAAUUAAAAAAAAAAUCGAAAAAAUUCGAAGAAAAUCCCGAAAUGUACUUCCUUUGAAAAUCCAAAAAUCAAGAAAAUCGUUUUUAAAAAUCCUAAAUAGUUGAAAUAAAAAAUUUUGAAAAGUAAAAAAAAAACUAAACUCAAAAACUUCCGAAUAAGUUCAGAUUACUGAAAAAAAUUCAGAAAAUUCAAAAAAAUUCCGGAAAACAUCCUGAAAUUUUUGGAAACUCCGGAAACAGCGAAAAAAUCCGGAAAAAUUGAAAAAAAAUUAGAAAUUAAGUAAAAAAAUAGUUAACUCAAAAAAUUCCAAAUAAAUUCAGAAAACUGAGAAAAAACACUUUUGAAAAUUAAAAAAAAAAUCGAAUAAAAUCCCGAAAUGCAUUUGCUUUGAAAUUUCUUCAUUCCAAAUAAAUUUUAAAAAAAGAGUUUAAGAGUUAAAGUUCUUACUGAUGCGUUGAACUUAUCAAAACUCUUCAAUAAUAUAUUUUUUUUAAUUCGACGAUUUUUUAAGAGAUAAUUAAAAUUUUCAAAUUUCCAGCACGAUUACGAACGCCUCGAACAUCUCGAGAAUACGUAUGUCCACUAAAAUCCACAUCACCACAAUCCCCAUCAUCAUCGACUGAAAAUGAGCCGCCGCCCGUCUCCGUUACAUCACCACCUGCGAGAAAACGGGCACUUGAGGAAUCCACGGUGACCCCGAUACAACAGAAAAUAGGGCCGCCUGUGCUUAAACGGAGUUCUUUGAGCAAAUUGGCCGAUGGAUUUCGGACAGCUGCAUAUUUGAAUAAUGAAAGUGAAAAUGACGAUGAUCCAUUUGGAUUAUCAUUUCGAAAUGAGCAAGUUUUGAUGUCAAAAUGUGCUCCAGCACCAGAAAAAAGGCCUGAAACACUGACGCUGGAUCCAUCAAAAUGCCUACCAGAACGUGAUAUGGAAAUGUACAGAAAGAUCAAAAAAUUGGAUAAAUUUUACGAUUGGCAACAAGAAUGUCUCUCCGACAAACGACUACUCGAUGGAGAAAACUGUAUUCUUUCCCUGCCUACCGGAGCUGGAAAAACGCUAAUUGCUGAAGUUUUGAUGCUACGAGAAGCUAUUGUUCGGAAGAGAAACGCUAUUUUAGUGCUCCCAUAUGUAGCUAUAGUUCAGGAAAAGAUAUCAGCGUUGGCUCCAUUCGAAGACGCAUUUGGCAUAAAUAUCGAAGAAUAUGCAUCGAAUAAAGGAAGAUUUCCGCCGAUAAAACGUCGAAAACGAGUAUCAGUCUACGUGGCAACCAUUGAAAAAGCCAAUAUGCUCAUAAAUUCUCUCAUUACUCAAGGACAACUGGAUCGAGUUGGAAUGGUCGUUGUGGAUGAGUUACAUAUGAUUGGAGAUGGUGGAAGAGGCGCAAUUUUAGAACAGUUACUGGCGAAAUUUCUGUACAAAGGCACCGGCCAAAUAGUGGGAAUGUCAGCUACUUUGCCGAAUAUUGAUGACCUGAAAUUCGCGUUGAGAGCUUUUGUGUAUAGCACCAAUUUCCGACCGGUAGAACUCACGGAAUUCGUAAAAAUCGGGCAAACGAUGCACCAAGUUUCUGAAAACGGAGAUCUGAACCCCGCUGGGGAUCUCCCUACAAAUAAUCUAAAAUCAACUGAUCCAGAUGGAAUUUGCCAGCUGCUCGCCAAGCUCAUUCCCAAAAAUUCGGCCGUAAUUUUCUGUCCGAACAAGAAGAAUUGUGAGAAUGUGGCUGUUUUAAUUGCGAAAACUCUUCCAGCACAUAUUCGACAAGCUAAAAGAGCUGAAAGUGAUGCAUUUCUGCAGUCCUACUUGUCGGAUAACGAUGAUGAACGGAUGGAUGCUGUGCUGAAACAGUGUAUUCUGUCAGGAGUGGCCUAUCAUCAUUCGGGGUUAACACAAGAUGAGCGAAAAUGUGUUGAGGCUGCAUUUAUGGAAGGCCUAAUCUACGUGGUUUGCGCAACGUCCACACUGGCAGCAGGCGUGAACCUUCCCGUCCGUCGUGUCAUCAUAAAAGCACCAAUGGUUGGAAGAGAACGUCUCGGCAAAGCACAAUACCUCCAAAUGGCCGGAAGAGCUGGACGUGCCGGAUUCGAUACAAAAGGAGACUGUAUUACAAUUAUAAAAGCCGGCGAAGAGGAGAGAUGGUUCAGGGAAAUGCUGAAAUCAGAUAUUCCAAGAUGUAUGAGCUCAUUGUCAAGUGAAGAGUCAAUGGGAUCGUUUAUUUUGGAUUGUGUAGUGCUGAAAUUGGCUGAAAAUAUUGAAGAAAUAAUGACAGCCGUUCGAUAUUCACUGUUUUAUGCUCAAGAAUCACCGGAAAACAUUCGAAAACUGGUUGAAUCAUCAGUGAAAAGGCUUGAAGAACACUAUUUUAUUACUAUUGAGCCUCUGGAGCAAGAUGUGGCUUCAGAGCCUUCUGCGCAAGCGUCAAGUAUUCCUCGAGUACCAGGAAAAAUCUCACCAUCGGACCUUGGAAAUGCAGUCUUCAAUGCGGGUUUCGACCCGGACGAAGCGACUCGUCUGCACGCUGACCUCGUUUCUUCCCUAAAUCAAGGAGUCAUUUUUGCGUCGCAUUUUCAUUUAUUAUUCAUUAUUACACCUUAUGAACAAGUGUGUAAUAUUAAUUGGGAUCUAUUUUUGUUAAUGUACAACGCCCUCCCGUCAAGCGAGCGAAAAUUGUUGGCCGAGUGUGGUCUCGAAGAGAAAUUCAUACUAGAAGCCAUCAUUACACGUGUCGAUUUGACCGCCGGUACUCCUCGAAUGCGACUUUACAUUGCGCUGAUGCUUCAAAAAAUCUGGAAUCACGAGCCAAUGUAUACGGUAGCCGAACGAUUUGGCGUGGAGAAGGGAUGGCUUCAGGCGACACUGCAGUCAUCGAUUUCACAGGCCGCGUCAAUUGCUAAAUUUUCAGAGAAAAUCACCACGAUGUGGCCUCUACGAAAACUACUUCCUGAACUUGUUCAACGACUUUCUGAAGCUGCCCAGCCGGAACUUUUACCGUUAAUGACAGUUGAUGGAAUCAAGAAAGCACGGGCCGCAAUUUUAUUCAAAGCUGGUUAUAAAACCGUUGGAAUGAUUGCAAGAGCAAAUCCACUGAAACUAGUUCAAGAGCUCGGCACAAUUCGGAUGGCUCAAGCGAAUUCAAUCAUCGCCAGCGCACGAAUGGUACUACGCGAUCAAGUUGAUGAGAAAAUGGAAGAACUCGACGUUUGGGGCGUCGCAACCGAUAGUUUUAAUUAUUUUUAAAAGAUUUUUGUCCAAUAGAGCGUGCUAUCAUUAUAUGUAUUUUUUAAAUUUUUUUCUCUUUUUUCUCAAUUUUUCUUCGGAUCUCUUGUUUUAUAAUUAGGUUUUUUAAAUUUCAUUUUCUUUUUCAUUUUUUUACGGUUUUGAACAGAAACA